AUGGUCUUGCUUGGGAUCCACUGGACAUUGUCAUGGACGAAUUGUUGUGCUCUGCUUUUGCCCAGAACUGGCAGUUGUAGGGCUCUCUUAAGUGAAAUGAUUGAUUGGGUACCAGAUUUUCAGGAUGGAUGCAUUACACAUUCAUCGCCUUGUGCGAUGCCUGCAUCGCUUCAGGCCUUUUGGCGUCCUAAGGUUUGGCGAUGCAACUGCCAAGUGACUCUGUACUUUUUGUCUUCGCUGUGUUCAGUGUUUGACAUCGCAACAAGACUCCCUCAGUGCGGAGUUGGAGCACGUGUGCAGCGUGUUACCUGGGGCGAUGACUCGUAUUGGGACAUAACGAAGAUCAAACCCAAAAAAGAUGGCAAGGGAGGGGAUGCCUGGGGCAUCUUGACCUGGAGGGGCACACCACAAGGCACAACCCCAAAGCAAGUGAGAGGCCCAUUGAAGAAAGUUUGGCGAUGGAUGCCUGACAAGGAGACAUCGGCACGCUGGGCUCCGCUGGUGGAGGCCAGCAGGGCAGCUGCUGCUGGAGAACCCCCCUCAGCCAACCCUGACGAUUCCAAAUCUGAUGCAGUACCUUAG